UAUCUGAAGAUAUUAGCUAUGGCUCAAAUUAAAGAUAUUAUCGAUCAAACUCAUCGUAAUCAUAAACUUGAUCAAAUUAAAAAAAUCUAUCAUAGAAAUGCAUCAACUUUACUUUAUCAAAAUCAACAAAACAAUCAGGAAUCAAUGCUAGAAAAUGAGCAAUUUGAUGAUGAUUGGGAAAAUGGUGAAGAAAAGUCUGUAGCUGAAGCACUUUCAGACUUAGAUAUAUCACCAGAUAUAUUUUUGCAUAAUCAGAGACAUCUUCAGAGAGAUAAAAAUGCAAAAUGGAAACUCUCAGAUUUGUUUAUUGGUGAACUUGGCAUACCAUUUUAUAUCUGA